CAGUGGCUUGAUGCCCAGCCCCUUCUCACCUGGCUGGGCGGCCAACACGCUGAUGGCCAAUGAGGACUACAGGUGGCUAUCAUACGUGUUGUUGCUGCUGCUUGACCUCAUAGUGUGUCUGUUCAUCCUGCUGGGACUGGCCAAGCAAGCCCGCUGGCUACUCAUCCUGAUGACUGUGCUGGCGUGGCUGGCUCUCUUCCUAAGCUGGGGCUCCCUGGGCUUGGAGACAGCCACUGUAGUGGCUCUCAGUGACUUCUGCUCAGAUCCAAACACGUUUGUAGUCAACUCCACCCACUUCAACACCGGGACCAGCUCAGAUGUGUUGGAUUAUUACCUGACCUGCAGCAGGCGCAUGAACAGUCCGUUCCAGCAGCUGCUGACCCAGUCGCAAAGGGCGCUGUCCAACAUUCACACACAGCUCUCCAGUCUGGACAGAAAUGCUCUCACACAGUUCCCAAAAGCUGAGAAAUCACUCAGGGAGGUUCAGCAGAUACUCAAUUCCACAGAGGGCAACUUUCAUCAGUUGGUGGCACUGCUGAACUGCCGAGGUCUGAAUAAGGACUACAUUGACUCUUUGAAAGGCCUGUGUUAUGAUGGGAUGGAGGGAUUGCUCUACCUCUCCCUUUACUCUUUCCUCUCUGCUCUGGCCUUCACUGCCAUCCUCUGCUCUCUGCCUGGUGCCUGGAGGAGCUUCCCCAGUGAAUCAGAGGAGUACGAAGACUCGGACAGCGAGAGUGAGGACCCCUUCACCUCCCAUCAGGCACGUAGACAGACGGCCACGGGGUCUCAGCGAGGGGCCAUGGCCCCCUUCUAUAAUUACCCGGGGGCCGGGUGGACACCCCCCUUUUCUAGCGCGCCGCCCCUCCCGACUCCAAACGUUUCCUCCAAUGGCAACCCUGGCUAUGAGAGCCUACCAUUGACUGACAGGCAGUCCCCACCCCCCUCUUACUCUCCCAGCAUGCUGACUGGUUACGGGGGAAGUCAAUCACACCCUAACCCCGCCCAUUCGAGGAACCUGUAUUCACGUUGAUUAUUAUUUUUUUGUUAGGAAAUGUAUAGAAAAAAAAUGUUUAGUUUUCAUAUGAAUGGACACUUUACUGAAAUAAAAAAGAAACUAAUCUAAAUGAAAUGAAUGCUAGGUGUCAAUUCAAAGUGCGUUAUGUCAGUACCACUGAAUAUUAUUAUUAUUAGAAGCACUUAAAAGAAACAGGUCUAAAUGGACUGUUGAUAUAACCGACAAUGAUAAUGCUGGUAGGAUGGUUGUGCAAAGCUAUGUACCAAGCCCACUUGGUCUAAAUUCGUUCCCCUCAUCUGUCCAAACUCUGUGUAAACUGUGAACAGUGGUGAGGCAAGUCAGAAUGGUAUUGACGUUACUACGUUGUAGUUUUAUAUUCUUAAAUGUAUCAGUACCACCGAUUUAUUUUUAUGUUUUUAUAUGAAUAUUGUUGUAGAAAAGCACUGGCACGUAGCAACAAGACACAUUUUUUUUCUGUGGUUAUGCAGUUCCUUCACUUGGUAUCAUGUUUUUUUAUUAUUACUUUUUAUAGGUGGAAAUUCUGUAUUUUCCUUGUAUUACCUUAUGGUAUUCUGUAUAUCUCACUGUCUAUAAUAUCUGAUUAAUCAAGAACAUUUGCUCUUAAAAAAUACUUGAGGGCUGCCAAGACCCUGUUUUAAUGAUUGGAUGGAGAACUACAACUGCCACUCAAGUCUUUAGUGGAGAACUACAAAUCCCAUGCAAUGACAGCAGGUACAUAGCAAUAUGAUUCUUGCUACUGGUGCUGCAGUAGCCCUACCGUAACUAGCAAUAAUAACUAUGUAUAGCAUUGGGUUUCUAAGAUCUCUCCAAGAUGUUUUGUGUAUAUAUUUGGUCUGGUAUGUUGGAGAUUUCAUUGAAUCCCCCGUCCUUGCCAACUGACCUUGUUAACCCUUGAAUUGAGUUUGUAUGGUUAUCAAUGCUCCUUUU